ACUUUCUACCAGGCAGCUUGCACAUGAGUUAGAUUCAUUUGAAUAAUUAAAGGAUACAGUAACAUUAAAUUUGCGUCACCAAGUGGCUGCGGAAUGCGGACUGAAGGCCUCGAGUCGCUGCUUUGUGCGAGGAGUCGAGCCUGCAGCUAAGGGCCCAGCUCAAUGGCGCAAAGCAGAAGGCGCAAGCGGCUAGCCGACGCACUGGCGUGGCCAGGAGCUUCCGCAGCGGCCUUGGCGACGCUGCUGCUGAUAUCAGUGGGCCUUGCACGUGCCGCCGGCACGCCACGCGGCCCCAGCGUGGCCUUCUUCGUGGGCACCCCCGACUCCUCCGACCCCUGGCCCCGCGCCUACCUGGCGUCCGCACUGGAGGCCCGGUACCGCGUGACGUACCUGCAGAAGGACGACGCCUUCUCAUACAAGAAGGAGGAGUAUGAUGCGCUGGUCAUUCCCGCGCCCGACAAGAACCUGGGCGGCGCCUACCCCGCCAACACCGCCGCUGCGGCUGCGUUCCUGGAGGCGGGCGGCAACAUCAUCCUGACCAAGUGGGCCUCGGAUUCGGCCCUGGCUUACUCGUACAUCACAAAGGUGCUGACUGACCCCUCUGGCUGUUGCAAGAACUCGAACCUGGACACCAGUAAAUGUCUGCCGCAAAUCUACAGCCCCAGCAGCAUCGCGUCGACCGGCGGUUAUGUGUCCAGUCAGAGCUUUCACACGGCUGUGCCCCUGCGCGCCGACAGCAAGACGACCGUUGGCUACCCGCCGUACGUCAACCAGUUGUACGGGGGUUCUGGCAUUGCUACCCUGGGCUGCAGCGGCAAGACCGGCGGCUUCCAAAGCCUGUACGAGAUCAUUGCGGAGCAGCCGUUGGUGGAGGGUGUGACGCGCGGCGUGGGACAGCUGUACUACGUGGCCUACAACUGGGACGACGAGGGCGGCAACCCCAAGCAGGGCUGGACGGACGUGGUGGUUGCCAUGGUGCAGGACGCCUACAACAGACCCGGCGCGCUCGCCUUAGCACCCGUGGCCGCGCCCCAAACGGCGCCGAGCGUGCAGCCUGGAGACCUCACCAGCAUCAACAUGGGGGAGUCCUACCUGCCCGUCAGUCGCGGCCGCAUGAGCUGGAGCUCGGGCGGCGGGCUCACGGGGCUGGGCGCGGCGCUGAAGGGCCCCGUGGUGUCCACCGCCGCCGCCAGCGGAGUGUACAACGCGCGGCGCUGGAACGCGGCGGAGUGGGGCUGUCACGACGUGGCGCAGGCGGGCUUCAUCAAGGGCGCCUUCUGGGUGGCCUUCGACCUGGGGCUGGCACGGCCGGUGGCGCGGGCGGCGCUGCAGUACUUCGAGUACUGGGACUCCUCCACGCUCAAGCUCAACCCCGGCGCCGUCCUCCAGAUGGAGGUGCGGGUCGACGACAAGCCCUUCUCCGGCGUCGCCGACACCGGAACCGUGCUGUGCUCCAAGGCGCCCCCGGUGUUCGUGACCUCGGGCUCCAAGGGCCCCACGCCCACCAUCGCCUGCCCCUCGAUCGCGGCGGCGGACGGCGGCGCGGUGGUGGGCCGCUACGUGGCGGUGCGGCUGCUGGACGUGUCGGCGGGCGCCUGGGGCAGCCAGGUCUACAAAGCCGCCAUGUGCGGCGUGGACGUGUGGGCGCUGGUGCGCAGCACUGCAGGCCCGGUGGCUCUGGCCUCCCGGCACCGGCCCGUGUGCACGGGCAGUCUGUACAAGGACUCCGGCUUCACAGCCGCAUUCGGGCGCCGCCCGCCCGACAACGCCACGGCCGGCCUGGCUGUGGACGGGCUGUAUCACGACAACCGGGAGGGCGCGGGCGCGGGCAUGUGCGGCCUGAGCUUUGCGCAGGACGGCCCGUGGAUCAGUGUGGACUUGGGCAGCGUGCAACAGGUCAUGUGGGUUGAGCUGACCAAGUCCGCUGACCCCAACUACGACGACCAACUGAACACCGUGUUCGUAAUCGUGUACGGCACCAGCGCCAAUCCGUACAGCUGUAACUCCUUCGGCGGCCUGCAGUACGACAAGGUCGUUGGGCUGUCCACGUGCGGCGGGCUGUCGGAGGCGGGCGGCAAGGGGCUGGCGCUCACGGCCGGCAUGACCUUCUUGGCCGACUGCGGCACCGCCGGCGUCAGCGGCCACAUUGUCACGGUGUACCGCCCGCCGACGACCCGGUCGCCCACGCUGGGCUACUGGGGUGUGUUGCGGCUGUGUGAGAUCGACGUCUACACGCUGCAGCCCACAUACGGCCUGCAGCAGGUGUCGAUGCACCGCUAUGUGGACUUCGGCCCCGCCAAGUCGGGCGUGUCCAUGCUGCCGGACAGCACCAACGUCGUGGGCGCCGCCACCUACCCCUACACAGCCAAGGGGCUGGUGGUGGACGGCAUCAAGCCGGCCGCUGGCGCCGCGCUGGAGAGCUACAUGUGCCCCCGUGUGUACGACACCUCCACAGCCCCCAGCGCCAACAGCUACGGCGCGGGGGACGGCGUGUUCAUGGUGGUGGAUCUGGGGGUGAGCGGCGGCGUGGACCUGAUGGAUGCCGUGUACGGGCACGCGGUGGAGGCGGUUGUGGUGCACUUCGCCUCCAGCCUCGUGUCGAGGACCAACUUUCAAGCCGAGGAGGGCCCGUACAUUGACGUGCGCGUGGGCAACACGGCCAGCGGCAACCGCCUGGCCAUCAGCCCGGGUGCCACGGGCAGCGAGAACCCGCUGUGCGCCUACCACGUGGGUCACAUGCUCGGACUGGACCCACACGACGACCGCUGGUGGCUGGCUGACGGCACUGUGAAGCGUCGCUACGCCUGCUCCGGCCUGCCCGGGCGCUACGUGGUGCUCAGUACGCCACGCCGCUGGCAGUUCGAGUCCGACCAGCCCGCCAACAGCCUCUUCUACUCACCAGCCGUGUGCGAGAUAGAGGUGUACGCGCGCGUCGCGUCGGGAAGUGCCAGCAGUUUGGCCCUGGUCUCCAGCAGCCGCACUGCGACUCAGUCCGGCGACGCAACCGCCAUCGUAGGAGGCGCCAGUCUUGCCGGCCGCAACCCCAACACACUGGUCCGCGAGAACUCCUCGGCGACGCUCGCCAUGGAGCAGGGCGUGUGCGCGUACGCCGGCGCCCUUGGCUUCAACAACUACUACGUGCUGGACCUGGGGGCGGAUUACGCUGUGGCGUUUGUGCGGACGCUGGCGUCGCUCAACUCGCAGCUGGGCGCCUCCGCGCGCGUGCUGAGCUCGGCCUGGGACGGCAAGACGCACCCCAUUAACGUCACAGCCGGAUUCACGGACUGCACUGUCACCAGCGACGGAGUCGCAACCUACCUACAGGGCUCGAAGAGCAUUCGAGACGCCACGGCUGAAGCCGCGUGCAUCGAUACCAAGACCAGUGCCAUGGCUGUAGGCCGCUAUGUGGCGCUGUGGCAGGCGGACGCCACCCUCACGGCCGAGCCGCUGGUGCUGUGCCGCGUGUACGUGUACGUCAACGGCAGCAGCAUACCGGAGCAGGGCGACGUCGCCGGCAGCGCGGGGCAGCCGUUCGCGGCGUCGGGCUUCGGCAUCAACGCCACCAGCCUUUCGGGUGCCGCCAGCAGCUCUUCGUCUUCCGGCAGCUCGACAUACUACCUCGGCGGCGGCAUCGUGCUGGGCACUAAGAGCAGUCGCAAGGUUACCGGCCGCACGCCGGCAAGCCUGGGAGAGGCGCCGCUGGAGUUUAUCCUGCCCGGGGGCGGCAUCGUCAAAGGAGGCGUGCGGCGCCGCGAUCUACUGGCCGCCCGACCCGCAGCCGACCUGGUUGAUGCCCUGGCGGUUGUAACCGUUGAUGGCGGCGGCCGUACGACAGUAGAUGAUGAGGAAACUGGCGGCGGCGGCAGCAGUUCGGAUCCGGGCUGUGUGCGGCAGCCGACGGCGGCGGGCUCUGACUGUGAGGGCGAAGACGGCGUGCGUCGCGUCGUGGGCUGUUGCUCCAGCACGGCAGCGGACGCUCUGGAUGCUGACGGCAGUAGCAGUGGCACCGACGCAACGCCUGCUGCAGAUGCGGGCACGGCCAGCCUUGCAGACUAUGGCGCGGAUGGCGCGUACGAGGACUAUGCCACCACCGCCGCUGCCGGCACUGCCGAAGCCGCGGCGACCACCGGCGGCCGCAGGGGCGCGCGCUGGCGGCGGCGCCGCGGCCUGCUCCAUCAGGACGAUACGGCGCAGCCGUUGGCGGUCGUAACCAGCGGGGCUGGGGCUGCUUCGUCAGGGACAUCUAGGCAGCUACUGGCCGAGAUGGCGGAGGCGGAGGCGCAGCGGGGCGGCCUGCGUCGACUGCUGUUCACCGCGCCCUCACAGAACACCUCCGUUUGGAGCGUGGACCUGGGGCGGUCGCAGCGUGUGGACGGCGUGGUGCUGGUGGUGACGGUGGUGACGUCCUCCUACUUCGAGUACGGCCAGAUCCAGAUCACGGUGGGGGACGACGCCAGCGGCGCCACAGGCGCAGUGGUGCUCAGCGGCGGCGUCAUCAACUUGCUGACAGAGCGCUGGUACUUUGCGGCCGGCAGCGCCCUGGGUCGCUAUGUGACGGUGACACGAACCGUGGCAUUCUCGCUGCCCCUCAACUCCGUGGAGGUUUACGUCAUCCCCGACAACAACGAGGGCCAGGUGGUGUCGGGCCGCCCCACCAACCAGGCGGGCGGUGUGGUCACGGGCGCGGGUGGCAGCAGCAAUGCCGUCAACGGCUACUACAGCCAGGACGCAGUCAUCGCAGCGGGCAACGCCAACCUGUUCUGGGGCUCUGCCACGCCGGCCGUGGUCAACCCGUGGUGGGCGGUGGACCUAGGAGUGGCCAUGAAGUUCCUGUUCGUGGACAUCACGCCCUCCACCGCCGCCCUGGCCGGAUACGAGCUGCGCCUCACCAACAGCUCCGUCAGCACCGGGCUGGAGGGCGUGGUGGCGGUGGCCCGCACCGCCACGCCCGUGGUGGCUCUGGGCACCACCGCGCGUGUGCCCAUGCCGCCCGGCGCCGACGCCGCCCGCCAACUCAUCGUGCGCCUGGUGACCGACCCCAACACCGCCUCGCUAGCCCUGGGGCAGGUGGACGUGGUCGUGGACGCCACCGUGCUGGCACAGACCCAGAACAGCGGCGUCUCCUACCCGCCCUCCCGCACCUACGACUCCGCCGCCACCACCAGCGGCGGCGCCCUGAGCGCCCCCCUCGCCACCGACGGCACCUCCACGCCCGCCGCCGCCGCCAGCUGUGCCUUUGUGGCGGCGCCCGGCUCAGGCGGCAGCGCCACCGCGGUGUGGCUCACGGCCGACCUGGGCUCCACCGUGUCGAUUCGGCGUGUGGAGCUGACCAUGCCGCUGGACGCCGCCUACGCCGCCUACAGCACCGCACUGGAGGUCCGGCUGGGCAACACGGAGCCGGCCGCCGCGGGCGAGGGCGCCGACAACGGCGUGGUAGUAGCCGGGCCCUUCAGCCUCACGGCCGGUGAGGCGGUGAUCAAGUACCUCGCGACGGCCACCUCCGGCCGCUACCUCACAGUCAGGUCCACCAACGCCUCGCCCAUCGCGCUGUGCGAGAUGGCCGUUUACGGUCCCUCCGACUUCGAUGUAUUGCUGAUCGCUCCCUCGCCGCCUCCGCCGAGUCCCCCACGGCCGCCCAGCCCCACGCCACCUGUGCCGCCGUCACCCGCGCCACCCAGCCCCACACCCCCAGCGCCGCCGUCUCCGGAGCCUCCCAGCCCCAAGCCGCCAACCCCGCCGCCAGCGCCGCCCAGGCCUCCGGCACCUCCUCUUCCGCCAUCCCCGUCGCCUUCGCCGCCUCCGUCCCCGCCCCUCCCUCCGGCUCCUCCUCCCAGCCCGCCGCCCUCGCCAUCGCCCCCGCCGCCUUUGCCUCCCUCACCGGAGCCGCCGUCACCCGAGCCGCCAUCGCCUGAGCCACCAUCGCCCGCGCCACCCUCCCCAUCCCCUCCGCCACCCAACCUAACACCGCGGCCACCGCCCUCUCCACACCCUCCCACCCCACCACCACCCGCACCCAUCGUCUAUCAGACUGGCGCCGUCGCCUCCAGCAGCCAAACCGUGUCUGCCGUCGCCGCCACCACUGUCGCCGUUGCCGCAGUUUCCUCGGUCACCGCCUCUGUCGCAGGCAGUGUUGCUGCCAGCGUGGCUGCCUCAGUCGCGUCCUCGACCGCCGCCUCCGCCGCCGCUGCUACAGCCGGUGGCAUUGCGGGCGGCAUGGGCAGUAGUACCAUGGGUGCGGCGUCGGGGUCCCUGUCGGCGGGCGGUGCGGUCGCGGCGUCGUUCUUCAUGUCGCACUUGCAGUUCUUCGCCAUGACGGAUAACGCCGCCGCCAAUUCCACCACCUCCUACAAGUCGGUGAACGGCGAGCUAUCAUGGCUGAACCUGGGCUUCUCCACCUUCGCGCUGAAGAACGUGCCGCCGCUGCAGCGCAAGGCCUACAACCAGAUCAUCAACUGUGUCCUGCUGGUGCUCAUUGUGCUGGCCGUGCACCUGUUCGCGGUGGUGGUGCUGAGGUGCCUGCUCAAGACGUGGACGGUGCCCGCCUGGCUGGUGUUUCCAUAUCUGGAGAUAUUCAUGUUCUUCUUCAGCCUGGUGUCGCUGGCGGGCGCCGCAGCCAUCCUGCUCAGCAGCGCAGCCACCACGCCCGGCGGCGGCGGCGCCGUCAUUGCGCCAGCGGUGGUGGGCGCCGUCACGGCACUGCUGCUCAUUUGCUUCGUGGCGGCGGCCACGUUCAUUGUGCACCGGCUGCGCAAGGCCGCACGCCAGCUAGGGCUGCUGUAUGAGCACCGGCCGCCCACACUGGGCAAGGCGCGGUUCUUCGCAAAGAAGCCGGCGCCAGCAGCGCAGCAUGCGGGCAGCAGCAGCGACCGUACGCCUCCCGCGCCAAUAGCCGAGGCGCUGGAGAGGGAGGGCGCCGGCGCAAGCUCGAGAACGGCGUCCGGAGCGCCCUCGGCAGCAGCCAUUCCGCCCUGGGAGCGGGGCUCGGCAAUAUCCUCGCCGCAAUGGGCGGGCGGCAGUAGCGGCCACGACUCCGGCAGUAGCAGCGCCGCCGGCGCGCACCUUCGCCUCGCCGCGGCGGGCGGCUCUGCGGGCGGCAGCCGCCGCCUCAGCAUUAGCAACGCCGCGCCUGCGAAAUCCAUCGCUGUAGCCCCAGCACCCGUGCCGCUAGCUACAGCCGCCGCCGGCACCACGCCACUGACACUGCGGCCCGGCGGCGGCGGCGGCCCUGGCUCCCACUCGAGCGACGACGCUAGCGAUGAACUCGGCAGCGGCCGUGAGACUGGUCGCGCCGGCAGUAAGUCGGUGGGGGUGCAAGACAAGUUCCAUCUCCACCACCACCACAAGAACCCAAACACCGAGCAUGCCGGUGGUGAUGGCAAGGAGAAGCAGCAGCAACACGAGCUCGAUGGGAAGGUGGCGGGUGAGCACAAGGAGGCGGAGGAGAAGAAGAGCUGGCUGGAGCGGUUCGAGGUGGGCCACUGGAACCGACCCGGCGAGGAGGCGCUGCUCGGCAAGAUGGAGCCGUGGCGGAGCUACAAGUACAAACAGGAUGGCAUGAGUGUGCGCGCGGCGGUGCGGUGCCUGUACCCAGUGGACUUCGCAGCAGAGGCCGCCAGGUUGCGGGCCGAGUACGAGGCAAAGCGCCGCGCGCGCCGCCGCCAGCGGCGGGACAAGCGCCGGGACGCCGCCACCGCGGCAGCGGCCGGCGCCGGCACCGUCGGCAGCAGCGUCGCCGCGCCGCCGUCGCGAGGCGGCAGCCGCAACGCCUGGGGCAGCUUCGUCGGCAGCGUGGCAAGCAUGACUGGACGGCGCGCCAGCGCCGUAGCCGCCACCGGAGGCGGCAGCGGCGGUGAUGCCGCCGCCGCGCACUGGCACAUGGCCCGGGUGAAGAUUGACGCCGCACAGGCGAUGGAGCGGCAGCGCCAGCGGGUGGAGAAGAUUGAUGAGGCGGCCGACGGCAUCCGCAGCAUUCGCGGCAUGCUGCAGGCAAUCACACGCGCCGCGUCGCGGGUGUACUCGCGCCGCGUGCCGGCCGAGAGUCCGGAGACGGGCGGCGGCGCCGCCACCGGUGGCGUAGCGGGUGGCGGUGGCGGUGGCGCGAGGAGCAGCGUGGAGGAGGACUGGCGGGUGCGGACUAAUCCGCUGUCGGUGCCUGGUGAGGGGGAGGAGGGGCCUGGCGGCGGUGACGGCGACGGCCGGGCCUCGACCGGCGCGGAGGAGGGCGUGGUGACGGCGGUGUCGUUUGCGGUGCCGCCGGCUCGAUCUGGCGCCAGCGCCAUGUCGGUUAUGUCCGUUGACGAGGCGGCCUUCGGACAGCCCGGCGGCCUUUCAAUGUCCCACGGCAUUGCCGGCGGGCCCGGCGGCUUCGGCAGCGCCAUUGGCAGCAGCGCCAUUGGCAGCAAGAGUGGCGGUCCCGCCUCCGCAUCAGGCGGCCGGCCCACCGCCAGCGUCAGCGCCGGCCGCCAUGUCGGCUUCGCCGCCGUCGGCACCGCUGUGACGGCGGCGCAGGCGAUCUCGAACGCGGAGCGGCCGCCGUGGCGGCCCGGUGGCGGCAAGGCGCGGCGCGGCGCCACUGCAGCGGACAGUGACGGCAUUCCUUCGCCGCCGCCGGCGCCAUUGCCGCCCGCGCCGGCGCCGCUGCCACCUCUUCCGCCCGUGCGCGGCGCCCGCCCCGCUGCCAUUGCCGUCGCCGCCGCGGGCCCGCAUGCCAUCGGCAGUGCGGAGUUCGAUCAGGCCAGUGAGAGCCGCCGCAUGACAUGGGCGGGAACGGGCGCGGAGCAUUUAGAUCCAAACGCCAUGCACCGGCCGGGAUCCGCCAAGCAGCGACAGCACGCAGAGCAUGGCGCCGAUGGCGGCGUGUCCAGCCCCGGUGGCGGCAGCCCCACCGCGGAAGCACACGCCGGCGCGGCGGCGCGCGGUCGCGCGCUGCUGUGGGGCCCAUCGGCGGAUCUGGCGUCGCCGUCAGGCAGCGACGCCGCCGCAGCAGCAGCAGCCGCGGUCGCGGCGGGGGCGCCGCCCAAUGCGAUCCUGUCGCCACAUGCCAGCGAGCAGCCGCAACACGGCGGCGGCGGCGGCGGCUUCCAGGGAUUCCAGCUGCCGGACGGCGCCGUACGCCGCGGCUGUGUGGCGGCGGCGCCUCUGCCGCUCAUGUCCUUCGGCCACAACCUCAAGCACGCCACCGCCGCCGCCGCGGACGAAGCCCUGGCAGCGGCUGCCGCCGCCGGCGGCGCGCCGCCGGACUAUGACGGACCCCGGCCGUACACGCCCGUACCGCAGGCGCUGCCGCUGCCGCCGCGCGCGGAGACGCCGCCGCUGGCGCGGCCAACUCCUCCCGCGGGCGCCCAGCAGGCACAGCUGCUGUCGCUGCAGUCCUUCGCGCCGCGCGCCAGUGACUCUGGCACGUCGAUCUGGGCGAACGCCGCGGACCCCAAGCUCCUGCACGUCGGUGCGGCAGCGGCGGCGCAGCCACCGCAGCCGCCCUCGGCUGGCAGCGCUGGUUCCGCCGCUGGCUCACGCCAGAGCACCCCGCCCACCGAUGCUGAGGGUCUGACGCUGCAGGCCUCAACCUCCGGCAACCACCUGAACGCCGCGUACGGCAGUGCCGCGCCGGCGGUGCCCCAGAUGCUGCCACCGCUGAAAGAGGAGCCGCGGAGCGGCGCCGUAGAGGGGCAAGAGUCGGAGCGUUCAUCACCGGUACGGCCAGACCGCUUCAAAGCGCCGCCAAUCAACCUGAUCUCCUUUGGCGUCAACCAUGAUUCCGACACGCUAAUCACCGGCGGCGGACCCAAGGUCCUGACGGGGUCAGUGACGGCGGGCGGCGGCGCUGCCGGCUCGCUGGCGGCGCGACCGCCGUCGGCGCGACGCAGCACCAGCGGCCAAAACUCGCCUCACGCCACGGUGGCAGGCAUGGAGGAGGAAUUCGGAGGAGCGGAGGACGGCGCCGCCGGCGGCCCUGCCGGCCGCCGGCUUGCAGUGCGGCGCCACGGCUCCCGCCCGGGCUCGCCACUGGCCGUCACCGCGACCGUCGCGACGGUGGCGGCGCAGCCGCCGCCAGUGCCAUCCUGGCCGCGCAAGGCGCCUGGCACCACUGCGGGCGGUGAUCACACAGAUGACUGUGACUACUCAUCGGAUGACGACAGCGAGCCGUUGUCGGAUGAGGAGGAGUGGAAGCGCACCAACCCGGAGCCGCCCGAUGAGGCCACGCUGCGUGUCAUUGCGCGCGCCGAGAUCUACGAGCGCUUCGGCAUGGUGUUCGCGGAGAACCAGGGCCACCGAAUGCUGGCAAUCACAUUCUGGGUAGCGGUGGUGAUCAACGCCAUCGUGCCCGCGGUGCUGCUGGGGCUGCAGUCGGGCGGCGGGCUGGCGGCGGGCUCGGCGGCCGCGCUGUCCGCCAACAUCGCGCUGCUGUGCGUCAAGGGCGGAUACGCGCUGUACAUGACCGUGGUGCUGCCCUACAUCAACGUCAUCCUGAUCGCGGCCGAGGUCAUCUGCGCCUGGCUAGAGACCGCUGUGGUGGCAUGCAUCGUGGUGAUCACACUCGACAGCGCAAAUGACAAACUGCCGUCCGCGCCGCCGCCGCCACCCGGCGUGACGGUGGUGGCGGCGCCCCUGCAGGCGGCGCCGCCGCCGCCGGGCGCGUCUGCCACGCAGUCACACGCCGCCGCGAUCCGCAUGGCGGGCGACUUUAUGAUGGUGGCGGAGCUGUCCGUUCUGGGUGUGCAGAUCCUGGCCAUGCUGCUGACCGCCAUCAUCCCCGCCGUCAUCGCACUGGUGGGCGUGGCCCGAAUCAAGCUGCGCAUGUGGCGCCACUACCACACACACGGCAACCUGCAGCGCGCGCUCACGGCGGAGCGAGCCAACGCCGCAGGCCGCGAGGCCGCAGUCGCGAAGGCAAUGGCUGAGCUGAGCGCGGAGGAGCAGGCGGCGGCGCAGCAGCAGCAGCAGCAGCAGGGAGGCGGGGCUCGGGGGCUGGUGCGGGCGGGAGCUGCGGCAGGCGGAGUUCGGCGGUCUCAGGAUGGAGACGCCGGCGGCAGUGAGCAGCCGCUUGCGGCAGAGGGCGUGGUGGUUCAGCCUCAGUCUCAGCCGCAGUCUCACAAGCUGCACGGGGGAGGGUGGGGCGGCAGUGGGAGCGCCAGUAGCACCGCCAGUGGCCGUGGCGUCAAGAGCGCACCCAAAUUGGAGUCGACAGGCUCGCUGCGUGAGCGCAGGGGGCUGUAGCUUGCGUGGUGGCGGCUGUGACUUACCGUGCGUUAUUCAUUCAGCUUUGAAGUCCACUGGUCAGACUUUCCUGAUCGUUCACUGACGUUGUCGCAACGCACCACUACCGCACUACGCGGCCAACGCAACGUUACGAUAUUGGAAACCGGCGUGCAUGCCAGACCCCUGCAAUCGUCCGUGCACAAACCAUUGCUGUCGCACGGCCACGCUGCUGACAUAUGAGUCCUUCACUCGACAUUCUAGCACGUUGCUCACAUUCAUACCUGGUCAAGGUUGGGCUGCAGAAUGGCUUUGCUGUUGUGGUGGCAGCAGCAGCAGCAGCAGCACAAUCGGUUGCCGCAGAUUCUUAUUGGAGUUUAUUGCUGGGCAUGGAACUGGUGCACUACAUUCUACAAUCAUCGUGGAAAUGUGCGCUGUUGCAUAGCAGGCCGGGAGCUAUCCUUUGGCCUGGACAAGCGUCAAGUGAUUGUAUGUGAGACAUAGGGCGGCAUCCUGUUGCCCACAUAGUACAAUGCGGUUCGUGCACCGCUAGAGCUUGAGGCGUGCACAGCCGUCAAUGCUUCUUCUAAUAAUGUUGUUGGGUUUCUCUCGUCAUACUGUGGGUGGGAUGUCGUGUCGGCCAACUAAUAAUAAGCAAGAGUACAUGGACCCCCAGUCACCCCUGCACCCAGUUGACGGUGUGGGCUCUCAGGCACGAGCACCGCAGGAGCACUGGAGGGCGCCGCACAGGCGCACCUACCUGCGGCUCGUGCAUGUGAAGCCACUUGCAAACAACGCUGCCAACACGCACGCCUGUUGUAACGCACGGUAACG